UCUCGGUGCUGCUAAGAACAAUUUGUCAGCUCGGGAAAGUCUCAGUCUUACGUUCCUUGAGCACCAUUGAAGCCACCUUCCUAAUACAACGCCGGAGUUUUUGAUGGUGCGCGCGCAAGUUGUGAUUGGAGUCGGCACGAUGGAGCGUCGUCGUCGGCUACAAGUUGUUACCCUGUUUCUGUUUGUUCUUUACUGGGAGAAUAGCUCAGCAGAUACAAAAUGGAAGAAAUACAUGGUUCAGAUCGACAGAGCUCUGAUGAACUACAAACCAUGUAUGCAGGCAAACUGUAGCUGUCAUCAAAGAGUUAGGGAACAGGACUUGGCUCCCUUCCGAGAGGGGAUCUCUGAGGAGUUGCUGUCAGAAACAAUCAGUCAAAGGCUUGGGACGCACUACCAAAUCAUUGAGAGGAAGUUGUACCGUGAGCAUGAUUGCAUGUUCCCUGCAAGAUGUAGUGGGGUUGAACACUUCAUUCUGGAAAUUAUUGACAACCUUCCAGAUAUGGAGAUGGUAAUCAAUGUCCGAGACUACCCCCAGGUGCCCAAAUGGAUGAAACCGAAGGUACCUGUCUUCUCCUUCAGUAAGACUUUGGAAUACUACGAUAUUAUGUAUCCUGCUUGGACUUUUUGGGAAGGGGGACCAGCCGUUUGGCCCAUUUAUCCAACAGGCCUGGGACGUUGGGAUCUCAUGAGAGAAAGCCUCAAAAGCUCUGCAGAAAAAUGGCCCUGGAAGAAGAAAACUUCGAAAGCCUAUUUCCGAGGGUCCAGGACAAGUUCAGAGCGAGAUCCUCUCAUUCUUCUCUCUCGAGAAAAUCCAGACCUUGUUGAUGCAGAGUACACGAAAAACCAAGCCUGGAAAUCUGAAAAAGACACCCUUGGGAAACCACCUGCUAAGGAAAUCCCACUAGCAGACCAUUGUAGAUACAAAUACCUCUUCAACUUCCGAGGCGUAGCAGCCAGUUUCCGCUUCAAGCACCUCUUCUUGUGUGACUCUCUGGUGUUUCAUGUUGGGGAAGACUGGCUGGAGUUCUUCUACCCACAGCUGAAACCUUGGGUUCACUACAUCCCAGUCAAAUCCGAUCUCUCUGAUGUGAGGGAGCUAUUGCAGUUUGUGAGAGAAAAUGAUGACAUAGCGCAAGAAAUUUCAAAGAGAGGUCGCCAGUUCAUCAUGGACCACUUGCAAAUGGAAGAUAUCUCUUGUUAUUGGGAGAGACUUCUCACAGAAUACUCCAAAACCCUGACUUACAAAGUUAAAUGGAAGAGUCACUACAAUGAGAUUUCACCCAGACUCUUGAAAACAGAACUGUAAAAAAACUGGUCCAUUUCUGAUUCAGGACCAAGACUCAUGGACACUGUGAAAUCCAAAGAGCUGCACGGUUUUGUUCAAUGGAAGCUCUGUGUAUCCUGCUGCCAAAUCAUGGAAGAAAAAAGUAUUAUUGUUACUUACUGUAUGAAACUAUUUUAUCAGAUCCAGGAUUUUCUUUGAUAUCUUAAGAACAAAAGAGGAGCCUGCUGGAUAGGCCAGUGGCCCAUUUUGUCCAGCAUCCUGUUCUCACAGUGGCUAAUCAGAUGUCCAUGGGAAGCCCACAAGCAGGACCUGAGCAUAAGAGCACUCUCCCCUCCCCCAGUUUUCAGCAAUACAGUAGGGCCCCGCUUACCGGUGCUUUGCAUUCCGGCGUUCCGCUAAUGCGGUGGUGGGAAAUUGCCCCUUUUAAAGCCAAUUUAGCGAUUUUACAACAUUUUCACGUCAUUUGUGCGCGACGGCCCCAUUAUAGUCUAUGGGUCCCGCUUUACGGCAAUUUCUGCUUUACGGCGGGGGCCUGGUCCCUAACCCGCCGUAUAAGCGGGGGCUUACUGUACUGAUUUUGAAAUACUGGUCAAAUAAAUGUGGAAACUAAGUUCCACUGAAUCCUAGUAUUGCUUUGUGGUUUAAUCCCUUUGAAAAGGAAACUUUUGUUACAUUUAACUGAUUCUCCAUUUAACACCAGAUUAAUCCCACUAUAUGGGCGAUACUAGCUUAAUGGUGGGUGAACCAUCUCUUGAAUCAUCAUGGUGCAACAUUUAAUCCUGUGUCUAAACACUAGCUCUUUGCAACCCCAAGUGUACUGUAUCACAAUGACUAAGAAGGAGCAAGAAAUUCAUCCUCAACAAAAGUUGUUUGAACUAGACAGGGAGUUUGAAGUUCACAGCUAUAAAAAGCAUGCUCUGAAUAAGAAAUACAGUGCCUUGCAAAUCAGACCCCUGACCAAUGUUCUCAUAUUACUGAAUUACAAAUAUACAUUGUAAUUUUGUUCUGUAUGAUAUUUUAGUUUGAAAUGCUGAAACUCAAAAUCAAUUGUAAGGUGGCAUUGGUUUUAUGUUGGGAAAUGCUUGUAAGAAACAAAAAACUAAAACAUGUUGCUUGCUUCAACCCCCACACAUUAAUAUUUGGUAGAGCCACCUUUCGCUGCAAUAACAGCUUUAAGUCUUUUCAGGUAGGUAUGUACCAGCUUUGCACAUGCUGUCAAGAGGGAUUUUGGCCCAUUCUUGGCAGAUUCGCUCCAGGUCAUUUAGGUUGGUUGGACGUCACUUGUGGACUGCAAUUUUCAAAGAGCGCCACAGAUUCUCAAUGGGAUUGAGAUCAGGACUUUCACUGGGCCACUGUAGGACUUUCACCUUUUUGUUCUUGAGCCACUCCAAUGUUGCUUUGGCCUUGUGCUUGGGAUCAUUGUCCUGCUCAAAAGUGAAUUUCCUCUCAAGUGUCAGUUUUUUAGUGGACUGAAGCAGGCGCUCUUGCAGUAUUUCCCUGUAUUUUGCUCCACCCAUUCUUCCUUCAAUUGUAACAAGAUGCCCAGUCCCUGCUGAUAAGAAGCAUUCCCACAGCAUGAUGCUGCCACCACCAUACUUCACUGUAGGGAUGGUGUUUCUUGAGGCAUGGGCAGUGUUAGGUUUGUGCCACACAUAGUGCUUUGAGUUUUGGCCAAAAUGUUCUAUCCUGGUCUCAUCUGACCACAAAACCUUUUCCUACACCGCAGCUGGGGCACUCAUGCAUUCUGGCAAACUUCAGGUGUGCUUUCAGAUGGUCCUUUUUGAGUAACUGCUUCUUUCUUGCCACUGUCCCAUAAAGGCCAGUGUUAUGCAGAGCUGUUGAUAUGCUUGACUGGUGUGCCAUCACUCUACUCCCAGCCACUGAACUCUAUCGCUCCUUCAAAGUGAUUGUUGGCCUCUGUGGCUUCUUUCACAAGUCUUCUUGUUCGAGCGCUGAGUUUCGAAGGACGGCCUUUUCUUGGCAGUGCCUGGGUGUUGUGAUGCAGCUUCCACUUCCUGAUUAUUGAUCCAACUCUGCUGGGAUAUCCAAACACUUGGAUAUUAUUUUGUACCGUUUUCCUAAUCUAUGCAUUUGUAAUACAUUAGCACUCACUUCUGUAGCAUGCUCUUUGGUUUUCAUUUUCCUUCAGAUCCACAGCCUGACCAAUGAUCCUUCAACAGUGGGGUUUUUAUCCUGACAAUGUGACAGCAACUUUAAUGGUUCACAGGUGGGUGCCAAUGGUAAGGUAACUGUCCUCAAUAGGACAAUUUCAUUGUGUAGGAGCUUCCACAGCACAGGGGUUGAAUACUUAAGCAAGCAGCAUGUUUCAGUAUUUUAUGUUUCUUACAAACAUUUCCCAACAUAAAACCAAUGUCACCUUACAAUAAUUGAAUGUGAAUGUCAGUGUUUCAAAUUAAAAUAUAAUACAGAACAAAAUUACAAUGUACCAUUUGUAAUUCAGUACUAUGAGAGCAUUGGUCAAGGGUCGGAUUAAUUUUGCAAGGCACUGUACAUAGGCAAAUAGGACUAGAUAAGAGCAUAGGAAACACCCCUAGAUUGGACCAAAGGCCAGUCAUUCUAAAAGUGGCUACCUGGAUGUUUCUGGGAAGCUUAUUAGGACCUGAGAGCAACUAGCUUCCCACACCUCUGCCACUGGCUGUCCCAGCUGUAGUACUGAGGUGCAUGAACCAAGUUCAGAGUCUGGAAUGAGAUGCCCUUAUAAUGCACUGCUUAAUCAAUUAUAUGUACCUCUACUUGUAUUUUUUAUUCCAAUUUCCCUACUGUUACUGUAUAAGAAAAUGUUGGAUUUUCCUUCUAGUUUUGCCCAUGUCCUUUCGGUAACAUUUGUGUGUUGUUUCUCAUAAGGGUGAUUUUUUUACUUCCCUCAAUAUCCUUAGAAAAUCACCAAUAUCAAAGUCUGGGUAAUAUGUGGAUUGUUAAAUUUUCAUUCCAUGCUUCUUCCAAGCUGCCUGGGGCAGUAUGGGUGCUGGUAUUCCACACGUCAGGGAUGUGGAACCUGUGGCCCUCCAGCUCUUAUUGGUCUCUCACUCUCAUCAGGCCCACCCAGCAUAACCAGUAGUCAGGGCUGCAGGUUCUCAGGCCUGCCCAACAUGUUUAUCCCCACAAUAACCCUAUGAUGUAGGCUAGGCUGAGAAAUGCUGGCCAGCUCAAAUCACUUGGAGAACUUCAUGGCUGAGUGGGAAACUGAACACAGUUCUUAUGAUCAAAACUAGACAUUACAUGGAAAUCCAUGAUUAGACUCUCCCCACAUUUUUUUUUAAAUUAGCAGCCCGACAUGGCUCACUUGAAAACAGGAAGUGAUUCUCAAGAGUGUUUUAACUCUCUUUUUGAUCUGAACUGCUUCCCUAAAGCUGCUAUUAGCUUCAGAGAGGAAAAAUGCCAGCACAGCAGAUUGACUUGUUUCAUCCUUCUGUUCCAUUUGUGAGAAGUAACCUUGCCACUUAUUCAAGGGUUGCUUCCAUGUCACUGCGAAAUAUGGGGAGGAGUGAGAACAUCUGCGGUGCUAUGGAGCAAAUGGCAGCCCUGCAAAUGAUGUUAAGCCAUGCCACACCAACAUGUUCUGCCAUAUGAAAAUAGUUACCAUGAGGUGUGAUUUAAGAGGCUCCAAGGAGAUAGCCAAAUUGUGGGUUCCAGCUCUCGGAGCUCAAGUAUGACUAGCUUCUCUUGUCUUGAUUUUUUUGGUCUCAAUGUCUAGCAAAUGAUCUUAUAGUUCAUUUUGCAUUAAUCAAUGGUGUCCAGUUCUGCACUCACUGGGAGGAGGGGGAAACUUUGUGUAAUGCUACCUUAACGAUUGGCUGCAUUUUCUGGGUAGGGUGUGUGUAUGUGUAAAAGAUAGAUAAGCAGCGGUAACGCAGCCGAUGCUCUGCUCAUGGCCGGAGUUCAAUUCUAAUGGAAGGAGGAAGUCGAAUCUCCGGUAAAAGGGGUCGAGGUCCACUCAGCCUUCCAUCCAUCCGUGGUCGGUAAAAUGAGUACCUGGCAUAUGCUGGGGGGUAAAGAAAGGCCAGGGAAGGAACUGGCAAUUCCACCCCAUAUAUAUGGUCUGCCUAGUAAACAUCGCAAGACGUCACCCUAAGAGUCGGAAACGACUUGCACUACAAGUGCGGGAACACCUUUACCUUUUUUAUGUGGUAUACAGAUACUGGAAUUGCUGCUGCAAAGUAUUCCUAAAAUCUUUCUCAAACACUGAUUACCUUCCUCACUGGACUUACGGGUGGUGAAAAAAAUAACAUAGCCUGACAGUUGAACAAAUUUGGAGAUGCUAGGUAAGGAAGAGGGACUGAAUGUGAAAGAAUUAACUCAGGAAAUUAAAUCAUGUGGCAUUAUUGAGGUGAGUAGGGGAAAGAGGAGCAGGAAUAUUAAAAGAAUAAGAUUACUCUAAAUUUAUCUCCAGGGAAGAAGAUUAAUCUGGUGUGUUCUAAAACUCUUGUCUUUGAAUAAAGAUCUUUCAGAUUAAAAGAAAAAUGUGCUUUAAUGACUGAAUUAAUCCCUAAAUUGGAAUUUUUUGUACAG